AUGAAGUUGCUCUUGCUUCUGUGUGCUGCCAUUGUACGUUCUGACAACAGUUUUGAACCGUGGAGUAAUGGUAACAAAGAAGUUGGAGAUUGCUUUCAACCAACUGGAUUAAACAUUGUUUGUUGCCCUCAGGCUAUGAGUAGGUUUGUAUUGAUUAUAUAUGGCUAUUUAUAUAUCUUAUAUAAGGUUAAUAUUGCCUUGUUUUGAAGGAUAUUAGGCUAUAUUAUACUACCAUACAAUAUAUUAAAUUGUUCAAAAACUUUUGAGCCUCCUAAUUCCAAAAAUUUGCUUUGAAAAAAGCGCAGAAUUAUUUGAACAACCGAAUAUAACUCUGCUUUACUUUAUUUUUUAUAUAAAAAACUAAUCUUUUGGCCGAUAUUAUCAGUAAAAUUGAUAAGAGCUACCUUUUUCUUCUUUAAGAUCAAAUUUAAAAUUCAGAAGACGCCCUAAACUUGGCCAAAACCGCGAUGAAAAGACUUGGCAAACCUUCAGAAGACGAAUCUCUUGAAGAAUAUGCUACACGGUUAAACAAUAAGAUGAAUUCAAAUUACCCAGUGUCAGUUAGACAAGCUGGUCCAACAUAUACACUACGAUUAGACAACGACAAAGCCUGUGGAAUUCAAAAAGAAUUUGGAAACUUUGAAGUUAAUUUUGACAAUGAGGAACUAAAACAAUAUAUUAGCUCACAGACUCGAAUUUUGUAA